AUGGCUUCUCAGGUAGUUGCCCCAUUCGCUGGAAGGACGCCUAUCGAGGACAUUGACAUUGAUCCAAACACGGGAUACAUAUACUACACAGCACGCAGAUCAGGCCGCUGCACGAUCAUCGAAUAUUCCCCAGAGAGCCGCCGUCUCCGCGAUAUCCUCCCGAAAGAAUUCAGUGCACGAACAUCUGUCCACGAAUAUGGCGGUGCAGCGCUGAGGUGCACCCCGUAUGGUUGGCUGAUCUUCACAGACUUCAAAACGAGCAGUGUCUGUAGCCUUGUACCCGGGACUGGCAGCGUGAAGAUUCUCCUCCCGGGUAGGUUGAACACUCGAUAUGCAGACUUCGAGCCCCAUCCGCUUUGCGCAGAAUGGAUGCUUGCUGUUAGAGAGACCCAUAGCAACACAACAGUCAAUGACCUUGUGGUCAUUAAUUGUACGCAGGGUACUUCAACGGUCAUUGCGUCUAAUUAUGACUUUUACUCCAGCCCGCGAUUCUCCCCUGAUGGGAAACUAGUGUGCUUCCUCUCGUGGAAUGAGCCGGACAUGCCGUGGACAGGGUCUCUUCUUUCCAUAGCUGACUGGCUGGAGAAAGGAGCGAUACAGUACCCAAGGAUCGUAUCAGGGAAACUGAAGAGCGAAAGUGUCAGUCAGCCUCGCUGGGGGUUAGAAGGUAGGGAGUUAUUUUUCGCCUCGGAUGCGUCUGGUUUCUACCAGUUAUACAAGACGUGGGGGGGCUUGGCCAAUCGCCUUAUCUUACCUGGUCUGGAAGAUCGGGAUUUCUCAAGGCCUGAAUGGGUGCUAGGGUGUCGUACAUACGUCCAAUUAUCACAAGAAGUAAUGGUUGCCUGCUGCACGUCCCUCGCAACCGAUGCGGUAGUCUUAAUCAAUCUCAGAGACUGGACGCAUCGCACCCUGGACUUACCGAUUGUCGCCGUGGCAGAUAAUGGUCUGGUCAAAGUAUCCGAUAAAUCAUUCUUGGUGCUGGGUAAAUCUCCAAGAGACCCAUGGACGUUGUAUGUCGUCGAUGUAUCCGAUUCGCAAAAGCCCACAUACGAGGCCCUACCCAGAGGUGAUCAUGAUAAAACAAUCCAGAAAGAUUGGAUCUCUAUCUCCUCGCUGCUCUCUAUACCCCGCACCCAUGGAGCAGCUUGCGGGUUGAUACAUGCGAUCUUUUACUCCCCCAAGAAUCCCUACUACACAGGCCCAUCAGACGCCCUUCCCCCACUCAUCCUCUCUUUUCAUGGCGGCCCAGCAUGCCACAGCACUCCUGCCUUGGACCCCAAAGUGCAGUUCUGGACGAGCCGCGGGUUCGCCGUCACAGAGCUCAACUAUGCUGGUUCAAGUGGAUAUGGCAGGGAUUAUCGUGAUAUGCUCGAUGGACACUGGGGAGAGUAUGAGGUUGAUGAUGCUGUAUCUAUUGUGUCGUAUCUCGCACAAGAAAGCCUGAUAGAUGGCUCGCGUGUUGGUCUUACGGGGAAAAGCGCUGGGGGGUACGCAGUUCUACAGGCGCUAACGCGGGAUCCAGAUCUCUGGGCGGCAGGUGUGAGCAUAGCGGGGGUGUCAGACUUGACGGAGCUCAUGCGGACUAUGCAUAAGUUUGAAAAGCCUUAUGUUGCUCGGUUGAUCUCGGGUGAGGCUCGGUGUAGCAACACCGAAUUAGAAUCGAUCGGGAAAGAGAGGAGUCCAUUUGCGAGAGCGGCUUCGGUCAAUUUCCCGCUUCUGCUCAUCCAUGGAACAAACGAUAAAGUGAUUGGCAAAGGGCACUCUGAGAAGAUGAGGGAUGCUGUCGUUUCUGCGGGUGGCUGCGUUAAGUUGGUGCUCUUUGACGAGGGCCAUUCGUUUAGGAUGCCAGAAAAUAUCGUAGCGGCCAAGCAGGAAGAAGAGAACUGGUGGGUCAAGUAUCUCGUGACAAACGAGAUGCAGUAA